CAUCUUGGGCAGUUCGAUCGGUAGCGGGAGCGGAGAGCGGACAGCAGGGAGCUCGAAGGCAACAGCCCCCCACCGCCGGCCUGAUUACCAUCAACACCCGGGGAAGGAAACAGCGAGCCACACCGCCGGCCCGAGUCACCAUCUCUGAUAGGCAACUAGCUAACAAAUAAUACCAAAAUCCCAUUACAAACACCACCAUGAGCAGCGACGUGGAAACACAGCAGCAGCAGCAGCCAGCCGUCUUGGACGAUAAGCCCGACCCGGAACCGGCGGCCACUGUGGGGGAGAAGAAGGUCAUCGCAACCAAGGUUUUGGGCACAGUCAAAUGGUUUAAUGUGCGGAACGGAUAUGGGUUUAUUAACAGGGAUGACACCAAGGAAGAUGUGUUUGUACACCAGACUGCCAUUAAGAAGAACAAUCCAAGGAAGUAUCUUCGCAGUGUGGGAGAUGGCGAAACAGUAGAAUUUGAUGUCGUGGAGGGAGAAAAGGGUGCAGAGGCAGCUAAUGUAACUGGUCCUGGUGGUGUUCCAGUCCAAGGCAGCAAAUAUGCAGCAGAUCGCAAUUAUAGGCGCUUUCCACGUCGUAGAGGUCCUCCACGCAAUUACCCGCAAAACUACCAAAAUGAGGGAGGCGAAAAGCCAGAAAUAACUGAAGGACCAGUAGAAGGAGAGGGUGCUAACCAACAACGCCCUUUCCGGCCGAGGCGUCGCUACCCACCAUACUACUACCGGAGACCGUAUGGGCGAAGACCACAGUAUUCAAACCCCUCAGAGCGCCGCAGGGGGGGUGACAGCGCAGAGGGAUCAGACGGCCAAGGUACAGAACAAGUCAGACCAGUGCGACAGAAUAAUAUGUACAGAGGAGGAGGAGGAGGAUUUAGACCAAGAUUCCGCAGGGGACCACCUCGAGCGCAAAUGCCCAGGGAAGAUGAAAAUGAGGAAGACAAAGAAAAUCAGGGUGAAGGAACCCAGAGUCAGCAACCACCUCAACGCCGGUACCGCCGUAACUUCAACUACAGACGCAGACGCCCAGAAAACCCUAAACCACAAGAUGGUAAAGAGACCAAGGCAGCCGAAACAUCAGCAGAAAACACGUCCGCUCCCGAGGCUGAGCAGGGCGGGGCUGAGUAAAAUACCGGCUUAUCCACCUCUACCACCAUCCGGUUUUGUCAUCAAAAAGUCAAGAUUGAAAAUUCCAGCAAUAAGAAAUUGAACAAAGAAUCGGAACUGAAGACCUUAAGUGCUUGCUUUUUGCUGUUGACCAGAUAAUGUCCUACUGCAUGAUUUCUUGCAAGGGCAGGGUUUUAUUUUUUAUCUAAAGUCUCCUUUUGGGAAUGAGAAUUUUUUAAACCAUAUUUUUUCGCAAUCUACCUGCAAAAAGGUUUUUAAAUUGUUUCUUAUCUGGUCAAACCAAGGAUUUUUAAGAACCUAAUUUUUAAUUUGUAAUAAACGUACACCUGAUUUUUUUCAAACGUCAACAAAUUGCAAGCAUCUAUUAAUAAAGGUCUGAACACAUA